GAGGAAUUGGGGGUGGUGGAGGGGGGAUGGGUAGUAGUGCUGGAAGUUUAGUCAGUGCUGGCGGUAGAACAGGCGGGAGCAGUAAUAGUCAAUCUUCAAAUGACAGUGGACAUUUAUUCCCGUUGGCUAGAAUUGCUCUUCGAGAGAAGGCGUAUGCAGCUAUAUUGAAUUAUUUCACGGUGAAACCACAAUAUCCAAUGAAACAAGGCGCGGAUUUAUCAGAUGAAUUAAAAGCACUGAGUCGUCUUUGGAGUUUAAUGCAAGCUGAACGUAAAUACUUGAGUACAAGUAUGAUCGAAACGGAAAUGAGUGCCCUGCUGGAAUCUGUUGGUCGUGGUGGUUAUGGUGGUGGUGCUGUUGGUGGUUUCAUCAGUGAUAUUGAUGCAGCAAUCAAUUUUCAAGAUCAAGGCUUAGUCAAUACACCUGAAUCUUGUCUUGUUGGAAGUAGUAGCGGAGCGACUGGUGUCCUCGGGACACCGAUUAGUCCAGCAAGUUUUCCUACAAAUCCUGUGUCGAAUACAACUUUUAAUGCAACUAGUUCAUCACCGAAUAUUCGACAUGUGAAUUCAUACAUUUAUAAUGAAUCAUGUAUGAUAACACCGAAUGUUACACCAGGUGUAGCAGCCACCCCAGGAACAACAACAACCCCAACCCCAAUGACAACUGGUGGCGGUGGGGGGGGUGGUAGCAGUAGUACUACUAGUGGAGGUACACUGCCAAGAUUACGUUCACAAGUUAUGCUGUUAACUGAUCAACCCUUAGAACGUCCUGGUGUUGGUUCAUUAAUCCUACCGUCUGCAUUGAAUUCGACAACUUCAUCAACACUUCAAAAUGCUGCUGUACUAGCUGGUAGUAAUAUUGCACAUUCGGUUGUCUCUAAGCGUUCAUCAGCUACUGGAGGUAAACAAAGCGCUAGAACAACUGGAGAAAAUUAUUUGAAACAAAUAUUCUUGCAAAAACGUGAAUUGAUUUUAAUUCUAUUGGCUUCAGAGAUUGAACGCCUUUCAGUUUGGUUUAAUCCACAAGCACUGCCAGAUCUUAUUGGUGUCAAGGAGGCUGAAGUGGAAACAUGGCUUCGUGAGACAUUACGUAAAAAGAGUUGGCGUAGAUGGACAUCAUUGGCCUGGGAAUUAUGUCCACCUGUAGCUGUUUAUAUGCCGCAAAGAUUUACUGGUUCAGAUGAAUUACGUCGUGAAAUCUCACUCCUUGUCACUGCUAAUCCACAACAUGUUACACAUGUACCUGCUGCUUUACAAUAUCUAGCUACUUCUAGUAAUAUUGAAGAAGGACGUACAGAGUUGUCUCAUGUAUUGACAUGGUCACCUGUUGCCCCAGUAGUUGCCCUAUCCUUCUUCUCACGUAUGUAUCCUCAACAUCCAUUGACACAUCAAUAUGCUGUCCGUGUGUUGGCUGAUUAUCCACCGGAUACUAUGUUGUUUUAUGUACCUCAAUUUGUUCAAGGAAUACGUUAUGAUAAAUUGGGUUAUUUAUCCGAGUCAAUAGUCACUUCAGCGAAACGUUCACCAUUACUAGCGCAUCAAUUGUUAUGGAAUAUGAAAACUAAUAUAUACCGUGAUGAAGAAGGAGUGAAAUUCGACAAUGAAAUCGGCAAUCACCUCCUUGCAUUAACUAGUACUAUACAACGUAAUUUCAAUGGAUCAACAUUAGCCUUUUAUCAGAGGGAAUUUGAAUUUUUCGAUCAAAUCACAUCAGUUUCAGCUAAAAUUAGACCAUUCCCUAAAGGUGAAGCACGUAAAAAAGCCUGUCUAGAUGCUUUACGUGAAGUGAAUGUCAAACCUGGUUGUUAUUUACCAUCGAAUCCUGAUUCAGUUGUCCUAGAGAUUGAUUAUAUGUCUGGGACACCGAUGCAGUCUGCAGCUAAAGCACCAUUUUUAGCCAGAUUUAAAGUUCGUCGUGUCGGUGUACAAAAUUUGGAGGCUGAAGCUAUAGCCGCGGCCUCUGAAGCACAAUAUCCUGCAGCAGUGACAAGUACCACUGAUCAAUCACAUCAGCAUCAUCGUGAUUCAGUGGAUGGAUUCAAUUCAGUUGUGAAAAUGUUUUCACAAGCAGGCAUAAAAUCACGACGACGUAAUAGCCAUCAAGAAAACCCGUCGAAUAGUCCAAGUAGACAAGCCUUGUCUACAACUGUUUCCGGUAAACAUGGUACGGUCGGUUCACGUGUCAAAUCACGGCAGCCUGUCACUGGAGGUAGUCAAGGUACAAGUAAUCAACUAGCCUCUGAUGAUAAACAGCCAACUACAUCAAAAUUAGGUCAUGUAUUUAUGCAAGCGUGUAUUUUCAAAGUGGGUGAUGAUGUUAGACAGGAUAUAUUAGCACUGCAAAUUCUUCAAUUAUUCAAAAAUAUAUUUGAAAGAUGCGGAUUGGAGUUAUUUGUCUAUCCGUAUAGAGUGGUAGCAACGUCACCAGGGCGUGGUGUCAUUGAAUGUGUACCAGACAGUAAAUCACGUGAUCAAAUUGGACGUCAAACUGAUGGCAAAUUAUAUGAAUACUUUUUAAGUAUAUACGGAGAUGAGACGACGCCCAGUUAUCAAUUGGCUCGUCGAAAUUUUGUAUUAAGUUUGGCUGCUUAUAGUGUCUUCUGUUAUUUAAUACAAAUUAAAGAUCGUCAUAAUGGAAAUAUUAUGGUUGACAAAAGUGGUCAUAUUAUACAUAUUGAUUUCGGUUACAUGCUAGAAAGUAGCCCCGGUGGUAAUUUAGGCUGGGAAAGUGAUAUGAAAUUAACCAAAGAAAUGUUUAUGAUUAUGGGUGGACGUAUGGACAGUCCACCGUACUUAUGGUUUGAACAUUUAUCUGUACAAGCCUAUCUAGCUUUACGACCGUAUCAAGAGGCGAUUGUCGCCUUGAUCUCAUUAAUGCUGGACUCUGGUCUACCGUGUUUCCGUGGACAAACUAUCAAACUGUUAAGACAACGAUUUGCACCACAAUUGUCAGAUCGUGAAGCCGCCGCCUCCUAUCUACGUAUUAUGCGUACAUGUCUUGCUCAUUGGAGGGAUAAAUCGUAUGAUGUAAUUCAGUAUAUGCAAAAUCAAAUUCCUUAUUAAAAUUGGAGAGGAAGAGAAACAGGGAGGGAGAAGUCCUCCUAUCUGUCUGUGUAUAUCAUCCUUUCUACUCCAACUGUUGUGUUCAAGUCAAGACAAAACUUUGAACCUUCAUUGAAUACCUCUGUCAAUUAGCCUUGAUGAUAAAUUUGAUGAAUUAUGUUUAGACUAUCGAACCUAUACAUCAUCAUCAUCAUCAGUAGUGUGUUUCGGUGAUUAUCGGCUGCUACCACGACUACUACUACUACUGCGCUGGUGUAUGUGUGUCCCCUGAGCAUCUAUCUAUCUAUCUGAUUGUCUCCCUACCCUCCUUCCUUCCUUCCUUCCUUCAGGGUUGUAUUCACUAUGUAUACAUUUAAUACAUAUAAAUACAGAUAUCUAUAUAAUUCAUUCAACUAUCACUAUUCAUAAUGUCAAUUAUUUUAUUAUUAUCUGUGAUCGAAUUAGCUGUAUAUUUUAUGCUUGAUAUAAGAUGUUGCUAUUAUUCUUGUUAUUUAUCACGAUUGUUAUUCACUCACUCACUCACUCAUUCACUCGUCUUGUUAUUAUCUUAUUAUUAUUAUUCGUAUAUAUAGCACAUUUCCUUAUCUUAUUAUUUAACAUCUUAAACGUUGAUUGAAUACAUACAAGUUGUAGAUUGUUAUUACUUACUAUCUACUUAUAUAUAUAACUACUUUCCUCAUCUUGUCAUUUGAUGUUGUCUUCUCUAUCCUUUGAUUGUUUGUAUGUGUGUGUGUGUUGUCUUGUUCAUCAUUAUUGUUUAUUUCAUCACCACGAUUCUUUUCCAUCUAUCUAUCUAUCUCUACUCAUGUUGUUAAAUGUUGCGUCGCUGGAGUUUGGCGGCGGUGGGUAGGGUGGGUUGGUGUCAGUGCGUAUUUGGAGUGUCUCAUACACGUUUUCAUGUAUAUCAUGUUCCAUUGACCACUGUCAUUAUAUUACCCCUCUUGUAAUUAUUACACUAAUAUUACUCAUACUACUACUAUUAAUAUUAAUAUUAUUAUUAUUGUUAUUGUUACUGCUAUACUCUUCAAAAGAUGUUCUCAUUCCCUCGGCAAAAAUGUAUUCCUCUGUUCUAAUGUUUUAAUGUCUUCUUACUAUUAUUAUUAUUAUUAUUCGUCUUUCCUUCCCAUACCUUUUCCU